UUCCUACUCGAGAACCACUCUCAUCAAGUCGACCAUUCCUGACGAUACAUGAUGUAGGUAGCAGCUGUACAGCGGGUGUGCACGGCUAUAAAAGCAACCUCUGGUCGUGCUAGAAACCUGCUACGGCCUCAGUCUCCUUUCUUUGCCAGGGCUAGGACAAGGAGGGCUGAUUGGCUGCAAGCGAAGUUCUCCGCAAACGUACUGUGUGCUCCCAGGGAAACGUACUCCACUGAUACUUUAGGUUUAAGUUGAUCACCACGAAUAUCUUCCCAGUUGGUAUUGCUAGUACUAGCCUAGUGGUUCUGAGCGGUAUUCCUUCCAGAAUGACAGUAAUGAAAUAACCAGAAACUUACCCCUGGAGCACCCAAGACCGCUUGGUAUCCAUUUCUGAAUGACAAUGAGAAGAGGUUCACUGCAGGGCUAGCCCUAGCUGAUCACCAUGGCCGUAAUGGUGUGUCUCUGUUUUCUUCUGUUCACCGUGAUGGCUGCUGUGUUUAUAGCAGAUAACCCGAUCAUGGCUAGUCCUGCUACUGCUACGGAUCACGGAACACCAAGCAAUGAUUUGACUCAUGUACCUGAACAGCUAAGACAAGUGUGGAGUGCCAGUAGCCACCGUCAGCAGGAGAUCGAUAUCAAGGUGGUCUCUGUGCGACGGAACGGUGCUCCACGUCAUUUCCGAUGUCCUGUGAGGCGCUGCUGUAGAGCACUGCGAAACCAUCUAGCCACGAAGACGGGAGAGCGCUGGUCGUGUGCUGGAAAUAGAGCAGGGCACCUCUCCAGUGAUAGCAAUGUUCUUGUACCAAACAUCUCUUGGUGGACAUCCACUUCAUCUUCCUCUAAUCAUCAGCAGACAUGGAUUCCGUUCAACCAACACGAAACCGCGCAACCAGAGCAACAACACGGAACCGAGAACAACAUUGCCAGGACAGGGUGCCGAAGAAGUCGCUAUGAUGGUGACUGCAUCCCAGGUGCUGCUGAGCAAGCUGGUUUGUUUGCCUGUGUGAUAACAUUCACUCGUGCUGAGACUUCUGAACUGUCCCUGUGUUCCCCUUCCUAUUUCCACGUCGUACAGCCAUCCAUGAACACAGACGAACCUCAUCAUACACAGCAAUCGGCCACAAGCAAUGCAAUGGCUAGUGUAGUGACGUCAGACCCUCCUCCCUCCGUAAUGGAGUUCCGAAUGACUGAUGCCCAAGAGCCAAGAAUGGAAAGCAGCACUGGACAAGAGCAGCUAAUAACGCCACCAUCAGUAGCACCAGAGAUUGAUCCACAGUCACCUACGUUCGUCACUAGACCACCACCAUUCGUCUUGGAGAGGCCAGGGCAGUCUUUAAGUCUCCACUGCAAAGCUGAAGGACAUCCAACGCCACGUAUCACCUGGUUACGAGGCUUUCGUGUCAUAGGACGAGACAGCAGCAGCCGAGUAGCCAAGGGUCCUGAUGGCUCUCUGCACUUCCGGGCGUUGACCCGGGAUGAUGAGGACACGUAUCGGUGUGUUGCUGAAAGUAUUCACGGGCAUGAAGUAGUUACUACUAACAUCUAUAUUCAGUAAUGUUUGCAACAGGGCGAACAAUGAGCGGAGAGUGUCCAUUCCUAAACAAAAGUUGGUUUUUAGUUUUAAAAAGUGUAAGAAACUGUACUGAUAGGGAUGUUACUUCUAUCAGCUCAAAAUAUUCUAUCCAGGCCAUACAUCGCUUCUUCAGGUAAUGAAAACAACAUUUUUCUUCUUUUGAAAACUUGAGGUCUGACUUGAGGCUAUAGCCAUGUUUUGUGAUCCUUCGCUAUCAAGCACUGUCCGUAAGACUCUGAGAAUCACUUUGUCUAGUGACAACCACUACUACCGGUAUAAUAUGCUGCAUUGCAAGUAUCAUGUACUUCAGUAGGCAAAAUGAUUAUUGUAUAAAGUUCACACAGAAAUAUAUUGCAAGCAGAGUCUACAGUGUAAAGUGCACGUCAGCCAUUGCCUUACACCAUACACACGGACUUGAGCAAACUUGAAGUACACUUAUACCCUCCACUUUAUCGUCAUAACAAAAAGAAUUUAUAUCGUGGUUUGUUAGCCAUCCAUUUUCUCUUACUUUUCCAACUGUCAUUAUUUCAUGCUAGGAGGCGAGCUUUCAUUGCAGCAACGUCUAGGUCUUUUUGGCUGUGCUUGCUUGUCUAAAAGCACUGGAGCUUCCAAUCGAAAUGCACUAUUUUUGGAUACCAGGUGA